AUUAAUUUCCCUAUAUACGCAAAUUUUGCCCGGUAUGGUACAAUGUUAGCACAUGAAAUUACCCAUUCUCUGGAUACAAAAGAUAUUCGUACAGACAAACUUGGAAAUUUAAAUAUUAAUGUCACAUGGUCAGAAGAAUCACUUAUGGAAUAUAAUAAAAGGGUGAAAUGCUUGGUUGAUCAGUAUGGAUCCUAUGAAAUUGAAGGAAAUAAUAUGAAUGGUAAUAAUACAAAAGAUGAAAACAUAGCAGACAAUAGCGGCUUGAGACACGCAUAUUUUGCAUAUAAAGCGUAUUUAAAGAAAUAUAAAAAUGAAGGAAAGGAUAUUAUUGAAGACUUCGAAAUGUAUACUCCGGAUCAAAUGUUUUUCAUAUCAUACGCAACUAUGUGGUGUGAUUCAGAAACAAGCGACGAAUUAAAAUAUUAUAUGAAUUUAGAAGAACACAGUCCACAGAAAUUCAGGAUCAUUGGAACAGUUUCUAACAUGAAAGAAUUUUCAGAGGCAUUUAAAUGCGGUAACGAUAAACCUAUGAAUCCUGUUGACAAAUGUAUUUUAUGGUAACUUGAACGUGUUUAUUAAUACGUUGCGAUGAAACUUCGAGAAUAAAUAUCACAGAAAUAUCCUUGUUAAAAGAAACCCUGAAUAUAAGUACUUAUAUCUGUUUUAAUAAGUGAAG